AUGAAGGAAAAUACUUCUACAAAAAAAGACGAUGAUGUAUGCAAAGGUGACAAUUUGACUCCAAGAAAAAUUGACAGAUUUUUACGAGAGCCAAAUGAAGACGAUAGUGAUGUUGAUUUGAGUGGGGAAAGCGAAGUAUUUGACUCUGAUCGUGAUCCGGAAUAUCAUCUAAGUGUGGACAGUGAUUAUAGUGACACUCGAAAACCACCAUUCAGUGGACUAUUUGAAAGACAAGGUGAUCAAGACAAUGUAGCAGGACAAUUACAGCUAGAGAGGAUGAAAGUUACUGAGAACGAAACUGAACAAGACAAAGAUGAAAUAGACAAAACGGGUGACACUAGAGAGGAAGAAAAUAAAGAGAAAGAGAAUUAUUGUGAAAAAGAUGAAGAUAAUAAUGGUGAUGAUGAUUUUGAUGAAGAUGACGAAGAAGAAAAUUAUCAAGAGUCUCAAACAGAAGGAAAGGGAAAAAAUAAAGAGAAGAAAAGGAAGAAGACUGCAAGGGAGCAUGAGUAUAAAUUGACAGUUUUUGGAACAGAAACAAGUUUACACG